AUGUCCCAAAGCGAUGGCGGCGAACCGCCGCCCCCACCCUCAUCAGAAGAUUCCGCCGUCCUCGACGCCUGCGCACGCGCUGCGGAGCAGUAUUACUCGCCGCGGCGCGGGCGGGCGAAGACCAUCGAUGGCGAGCUGCUCCAGGCGAUGCGGAAGGCCAUCUCGACGCUGCCAGAGACCGCGACGCGUGCCGCGCGACGCAGCAUCACGGGCGACCCCGAAAUGCGCAUCAGAGACCGCGCGCGCGAGGCGUUCGUGCGGCCGAAGCGACCGAGCGUGGUCAGGGCGGUCGAUAAGGCGCUCUUCACGGGCGCGGUGGGCUGGAUUUUGCUGACCGAGUACGUCGUCUUGUGCUACCCGAAGCUCCUAGGGCUAUUGUACGUCUGCACGAUGACGCCGCUGCUCAUCUAUCGUGCGAUGGACUACUACUUCGUGCGCCACUGGACGUACUUCAUGUUUGACUUUUGCUACGCUCUAAACGGCCUGGUCUUCUCGCUGAUCCUGCUGCCACUUGACGCGAGGAACUGGGGCUCGUGGCAGCUCUUCUGCGACCAGCGGCCGGCGGCGUGGGGAUUCCCCUGCGCGUUCGCGCUGUGUAACGGGCCGCUGCUCGCGGCGGUGCUCGCGUGGCGGAACUCGUUCGUCUUUCACAACCUCGACAAAGUGACGUCGACGGCGUUGCACGCCGGGCCCCCGCUGUGGACGUUCGUCGAACGGUGGUGCACGGACUCGCAGUACCCCGCGGAUGUCGACCUUGUUAGCUGAUACGCGAUACCGAUACUCUUCUACGGCGUCUGGCAGGUGCUCUACAUCGUAAAAACGGAGUUCAUCGACGCGGCCUACCUCGAGACGGCCCCGGAGGAGGUCACGUCGCUGCGCUGGCUGAGUCGCGACGAAAGCAACGGGAUGAACCGGCUCUGCAAGUAUGUUUGUGUGAAACUCGGGCAAAUGGCGCCGGACGAGUCCUUCGACGACGCCUCGCGGAAGACCAAGCUCACGUUCUGGGCGGGCCAGCUCGUGUAUACGGUCGUGACGCUCGUCGCCACGCCGUUGCUCUGGCGGUACAAAGCCCUCCACGCCCUGUGCCUGUUCUCCAUGUUCGCAACCGCCAUCUACAGCGGCGCCUCAUACUACAUCGAGGUGUUCUCGCGGCGCUACAACGACCAGUUCAAGGUGUCGUGA